AUGGCGGGCGGCGGCAACUGGGAGUUCCAGCUCUACCGAAACAAUCGUACCAACUCCUUUGUCGAAGACGGCGUGGGGCCGUGGCUCGCCCACCGCGUACUACACAUCCGUCCGACCUUGACCGAGGACUGGCUGCCCAGCCCACGGACCACCCGGCUCGAUAUGCCCGCAAUCUGGCUACUCCCGCGCCACGAGACGUUUGGAGGCUGGCCGGCCUCGGGCGAGAUUGACGUGAUGGAGGCCACCGGCAACGCGGCCGGGUACGCCGGGAAUCGCGGCGUCGAUACUGACACAGCGAGAGACACCCGCACCCCGCACCUAGGCCUGAACGUUGAGCAGAAUCGAUUCCACCAGACCUCAGCGUCGAUGACUCUGCCGGGCGCCAACUUUUCAGACGAUUUUCAUACUUUCGGGCUCGUGCGGACAGAACACGGCCUCUACACCUACCUGGACGACGACGCGCAGCGCAUUCUGCAGGUGGACUGGACGAAUCAGACCUUCUUCGAGCGCGGUGGAUGGGACCCAUCAAGCUGGAGCAACCCGUGGGCGAGCGGUCACACGAACGGCGCCCCCUUCGACGAGGACUUCUUCAUCAUCUUCAAUUUGGCGGUGGGCGGCGUCUCCUUCUUCCCCGACGGUGAGGGCGGCAAGCCGUGGGAGAACGAAUCGGGUAGCGCCCAGUGGGACUUUUGGGGCGCGCGCGACCAGUGGCUGCCGAGCUGGCAAGAGAACGACCCCGCGCUCAAGAUAGACUGGGUGAGGGUGACCGAGGUCUGA